GUCAAGUUGGAACAGGGACUUCAAGUGCUCAAAAUUUUUAGGGACCAUUGCAGCAAACAAUGCAUUCUGGAUGAUUUUGACUUCUAUGAGGAUCGCCAGAAGAGGAUCCUGGAGAAAAAGGCUAAGCAACAGCAUUUCCAGAAACAGGCAUGGGCAGGAAAGCCCACUGAUGAAAAGAACAAAGAUGGCACAAUUGGGGAACUCAAAUUGCAGAAGUCGUCAGAGGUUGCGUCAGACUUGGUCAAGGAACCUACAUCAGCUAUUCAGACUAAUGGUGAUAUUAAGCUUUCAGAAAAUGGACCAUUUGUAAAAUCUGGAGAUGCUCCGAAGGGUGCAAACCAAGUUGCAGUUUCUGAGAACAAAGUUGUGGCAAAUGGGGUUGCAAAUUGUUGCUAGCUUCAGACAUGGGCAAGGGUGGUCCUUUUAGAGGGGCAUUUUGGUCGGAGUAUCAGCUGGUCUAGAGUAGAGCAAAUGCUUGGAUAAUUGUCCUUGAGCAUUGGACCACCCUCUUGGAUCUGCCUUGCUGCUUUAAAGAUAGAUUGAGGGAAAAAAAAGGUAUGAAAGCUGCUUCAAAGAUAUAAUUGAAUGCAACGCAGGCUCUGCUCCUUUUAGGAAUCUGAGAUAUUUAGCCCCAUUUUUCCUCGUCAUGGGCGGUUUCUAUACUGGAUAGCUUGUAAUAGGGUUCAUACCCUUGGGGAUUUGGUUUAAG